CAGCAUAAAACAUACGAUACUUUUUAAAUAGGGCUUGUUAUUAUGACAAGAACAUUGACAAUAUUAAAAAAAUUAUGACACUUGAUUUAAAUGUAUAGGCAUUUGUUUACCUCUUCAAGUUAGUCUGAAUUAUUUAAAAUAUAAAGAAUUUAAAUUUAAAAAAAAUGUGUGGUAUGAAGCCUGUAUGCAAAAUAGUUAAGCCACUACUUACAACAAACUAUUAUGAUGCUCAUGUUCGAGUUAUUGGAUUGUAUAAAGCAUAUUACAGAUUUAUUCCAUAUUUAUUGAGAAGAUUUGACAUUCCCAAAUCAGAGGAAGAUUGUCGAUGGAAAUUAAGAGAAAUGUUUUAUAAAAAUGCCUGCGUCACCGAUAUUCGAGUUAUAGAUAUGCUAGUUAUAAAGGGAUUUAUGAAUCUGAAAGAGAUGACCAAUAACUGGCAGCAGAAAGGCCAUGUGAUAGCCAAUUGGAAUCCAUCAAUAGAAAACAAGCCUUGCGACUUUGUAGGCAAAUUCCUGGCUGGUGUUGAUUAAGCGCCUACGACUAUACGUCUUAGACCCACUACGAUAUUUUAAUGCAAAUUUUAAAUUUAUAUCACACUUUUGAAUAAAUUAAAUAUUAAAAUAUCUUACAAGUUGCUCCUCAAAUAACGUUUUUUGCUCAUCGUGACGUGGAAAAUAUAGUUUCAGUCUGAA